CCAACACGGAGGCCACCGAAAGGCCAAGGCCAAAGCCACCUGGGGUCCGCUCCUGGGCCACUGGCUCUCGGCCUUCGGGUUCCUUCGUUCCGACUCGGAAUGCGGAGCGUGGUGCUGGCCGCGGCUGCGCGCACCCCCAUGGGCUCCUUUGGGGGGCAGCUGUCCCAGGUGCCGGUGCAGCGUUUGGGGGGCUUCGCCAUGGGCGCGGCGCUGCGGCGCGCUGGGGUGGAGCCACAGGAAGUGGAGAUGGUGCUGAUGGGCCACGCGCUGCCCGGCGCCUGCGGCCUAAACCCCACCAAGCGCGCCGCGAUGCUCGCGGAGAUCCCGGCGAACGUCGACUGCACCAGCGUCAACAAGGCCUGCGCCUCGGGCUUGAAGGCGGUGACGCUGGCGGCGCAGAGCAUCGCCAUGGGGGAGGUGGACGUGGCAGUGGCCGGCGGCAUGGAGAGCAUGUCGCGGGCGCCCUACUUCCUGCGGCACGCGCGGCAAGGGGGGUAUCGCUAUGGUCAUGGCAUGCUGGAGGAUGCGGCGCUCUCCGACGGAUUGUGGGACGCCAGCCAUGACAUGCACCUGGGGUCCUGCGUGGAGCACACGGUGCAGGAGAUGGGCAUCGCCAGGGAAGAGCAGGAUCGCUACGCGGUGUCCUCGUACCGCCGGGCGGCGGAGGCCUGGAAGCGCGGAGCCAUGGACGCGGAGGUGGCCCCGUUGCGGGUGAAGAACCCCGCACAGGACGGCCUGGAGAAGCGGACCUUGAUCUUCUCCGUGGACGAGGAGUACAGCCGCCUGAAGCUGGACUCGGCACGUCAUUUGCCCCCGGUCUUUCAGGAGGAAGGAACUAUCACCUCCGCCAACGCCUCCUCUUUGAACGACGGUGCCGCGGCAGUGGUUCUUCUCAGCGAGGACAAAGCCCGCGAGAUGGGGGUGACAAGCCUGGCCCGCAUCGUGUCCUUCGCGGACUUUGGAGUGGAGCCCUUGCACUUUGCCAAGGCGCCCAGCGCGGCGAUACGGAAGGCCAUGCAGGCGGCGCGCAUGAACUCGGUGAACUUUUAUGAGAUCCACGAGUCCUUCGCGGCGGUUGUGCUGGCCAACAUGUCGCUUCUGGACUUGGACAUCUCGCGCGUGAAUGUCAACGGGGGCGCCGUAGCCUUGGGCGACCCCAUGGGCGCCUCCGGCGCGCGGAUCCUCACCACGCUGCUGCACGUGCUGACCCAGCAGGACGCUGAGACCGGGUGCGCGGCCAUUGCCAACGGUGGCGGAGGGGCCACGGCCAUCAUCAUCGAGCGCUUGCAGUAGGUAUCAGUGGA